CGUGGGACAAGUUCGAAACCCAACUAAACUAAACUAACUAAACCAAACCUCGUGUUUAUUUUAUUUUUAAAACACCUUGUUUUGUACGAAUGAUACAUUAUUUACCACAUAAAUAUGGCACUUGUAAAGAUGGAGAAAAUGCUCGAAAGUUUUAACGCACUCACGGAGAAACCGGUGAAGUAUUUAACCGUACAAAAUGAUAUAAAAGAUGACCUUAAAAACUUGGUUAAAAGUUUGUACGACUUCACGAAAUCACAGGAGCAGCUCGGUAAGUCAAAAACGGAUCAGGCUUUGCAGAAAAUUAUCGUGAAUGACUUCGACGAGGAACAAAUAUGGCAGCAAAUCGAGUUGCAAAAUUCCCAACGCUGGGACCAGUUUGUAUGGGACGUCGCUAACUGUAUGUCUGAAAAAAAUGAUCUGACGUUCCCUGUGAAGUUCCCUGAAGAGGAGAAGGCUUUAGAAUCAGAAGAAGAUGAAGAUGAAACGUCUGAAUUACAGAAUGAUAUCAUAUCAGAUACUGAAAAUGCCAACAAAAAUAUGAGCACAAGAAAAACUGUAAACAAAAUUAAUAAAAGUAAGACAAAGAAAGGUAAGACCUCUAUAGUUGAUGAUCAGUUCUUUAAAUUGCAAGACAUGGAGACGUUUUUGCUUAACGAAGAGAAAAUGGAAGGUAAGAAAAAGCCAAGUAGCGAUGAUGAAGAAUCAAUAGAUAUGUUUGAGGAUUUAGACAGCGAGGGUACAGAAGAGGAUGGGGGUAAGGAAAUGAUGUAUACUGAUUUCUUUAAUGAAAGUAACGAUGAAGCGAGUGACAAUGGAGACAUAGCUAGUGAAAAUGAUGAAAACAUUGAUAUGGAGGUAGAUUACAAAAAACCAGAUAAAAAAGUAAGGUUUGCUCAACCUGAGUCUGACGACAGUCAAUCUGAUGACAAUAGUGAAGUUGCAACCCAAAACACAAAAAGUGUAGAAAAAGAUGAAAAGAAGUCAGAUUUUGAAUUAAGGCAGCAGAGGUUAAAACAACAGAUUUCAAAAUUGGAAGAGAAAACAUUAACCGAAGCUCCAUGGCAAUUGAAAGGUGAGAUUGACGCAUUGAAGCGACCACAGAACUCAUUACUAGAAGAGGUUCUUGACUUUGAUUUGACAACUCGUCCACCGCCGAUAAUAACUGAGCAAACCACUGUAACAUUAGAAGGGUUAAUACGACAAAGGGUAAAAGACAAAGCUUGGGAUGACGUUGUCAAAAAAGAAAAGCCAGUGGACGACCAACUAAUGUUCAAGAAACCUGAAGUCCUCGACCAAUCAAAGAGCAAAUUAAGCUUGGCACAAGUUUACGAGAGCGAGUAUUUAAAGCAGAAACAAGCGUCAUCCGGUCAAAUAGAAGAGGAGAAUGAACCAGAAGUUCAUAAGGAAAUACGUGAAGCCAUGUCUAAACUAUUCUCAAAGCUAGAUGCGUUGUGCCACUACCAUUAUACUCCGAAGGCUGCUCAAGCGGAGGUCAAGAUUGUUAGCAAUACACCAGCCAUUUCUAUGGAGGAAGUGGCACCGGUAGCCACAAGUGAUGCAGCGUUACUUGCUCCGGAGGAAGUUAAGAGGAAACGGAAAGGUGAUCUGAUGAGCAAAGAAGAGAGGACACAGACAGACAAAAACAGGGAGAGAAGGAAAAAGAAGCAGUUCCAGAGGAAGAAGGGCCAAGUCACCAAGGUCACAGAACAGAGAAACACAACCAAGGCGGUGGAAGCUAACGGCAAAUCUCUGAAAACAUCCAAAGCAUUCUUCCAACAGUUGAAUGACAAUGCAAAUAGUUUAAUUAAAACAUCUAAAAAGAUUGUUAAAAAUAAAGGACAAUAAUAAAAUAAUUUUGAAAAACUUUA